GUGAAAAAUAGACUCUACAUGAACUUCCACAACUGCCCCUGCCACUUCUGGCGCUUUUCUUUUCUCUUCUCUUCUCACUCAGCCUCUCAAAUUUGAUAUGCGAUUUCUCAGAUCACCCCAAGCCUCCGAUCCGAUCAAGCUGCUCUGCAAUUUCAGGCCCAAUUGAAAAUACAGAAAUGGGGGAGCGGAAAAGGCAUAGAAUUCUCAUGGUUUCUGAUUUUUUCUACCCCAACUUUGGUGGUGUGGAGAAUCACAUCUACUAUCUUUCACAAUGCCUUCUCAAGCUUGGUCACAAGGUGGUGGUAAUGACUCAUGCAUACCAGAAUCGUUCUGGAGUGAGAUAUAUGACAGGCGGACUGAAAGUGUAUUAUGUACCAUGGCGGCCGUUUCUUAUGCAGAAUACUUUUCCAACAUUUUACGGGACACUUCCAAUUGUGAGGACUAUCCUUAUUCGAGAGAAUAUAUCGUUGGUACAUGGGCAUCAAGCCUUCUCAACUCUUUGCCACGAGGCUUUGAUGCACGCACGCACAAUGGGUUAUAAGGUUGUGUUUACAGAUCAUUCACUCUAUGGUUUCGCUGAUGCGGGAAGCAUACACAUGAACAAGGUCUUGCAGUUUACUUUAGCCGAAGUGAGUCAGGCCAUUUGUGUUUCUCAUACAAGCAAGGAGAACACUGUGCUACGGUCAGGUUUGCCACCAGAAAAGGUGUUUGUAAUACCUAAUGCUGUUGACACAGCUAUGUUCAAGCCUGCACCAACGCGACUGAGUCGUCAUGAAAUUGUUAUUGUUGUUAUAAGUAGGUUGGUUUACCGGAAAGGUGCAGAUCUGCUUGUUGAAGUUAUUCCAGAAGUUUGCCGUUUAUAUCCCAAUGUUCGUUUCAUUGUUGGAGGAGAUGGACCUAAACGUGUGCGGUUGGAAGAGAUGAGGGAAAAACAUUCCCUACAAGAUCGAGUCGAAAUGUUAGGUGCUGUUCAACACUCUCAAGUACGAUCUGUUCUUAUUACUGGCCAUAUAUUCUUAAACAGUUCAUUAACAGAAGCUUUUUGCAUAGCCAUCUUAGAGGCUGCUAGUUGCGGGUUAUUAACAGUCAGUACACGAGUAGGAGGUGUCCCAGAGGUUCUACCAGAUGACAUGGUUGUACUUGCAAAACCAGAUCCUAGUGACAUGGUUCAAGCAAUAGAGAAGGCAAUAUCAAUACUUCCCAACAUUGACCCAGAACAAAUGCACAAUCGUAUGAAGGAACUUUACAAUUGGCAUGAUGUUGCAAAACGAACAGAGAUUGUUUAUGACCGUGCCUUGAAAUGCUCAAAGCAAAAUCUCUUAAAACGACUCUCACGAUACCUCUCAUGUGGAGCUUGGGCAGGAAAGCUUUUUUGCUUGGUUAUGAUCAUUGAUUUUAUAUUUUGGCAUCUGUUGCAACGAUGGCAGCCUGCAGAGGAUAUUGAAGAGGUGCCUGAUUUUGUUUUAUCCCAUGAUCAAGAUGAUGGCAUACCACGGGACAAUAAGAACCAAUGCUUUGGAUGACUGCUGUUAAAGUUCAAAGUGCCCUCAUGAUAUGGAUUGACAUUUCUAUUUUAUAGGAAUGGAAUGAACAGACCUAACUACAGAUGGUGUUCUUUUCUCUUUUACACCGAUGCUAGUACCUAGGACCUAAACCCUCAAUGCCACAUUGCCACUUGAGCUAAAGAUCUUAGGCCACUAUAUUCAAUUUAGUAUCAGUUGGAAAUUGGAAUACACUUCCUCCCAUUUGUAUUCCUUCUAGUGUGAGUUCUCUUCAAGCAACAUACUGUAUUGCCAAUUUUGAACAAAUUUUGGCCUGAGCUCGACUUUCUGUCAAGUUUUAGGAUUAACAAAAUAUUAACGAAAUGUGACUCAUCUCUUCGGUACUGGUUGUAUUUUGUAAUAUGUUUAUUCUCGGAAUAUAUUGAUCCUUCCCUGUUACUUCAGCA